AUGUCGUUCUCUCAUUACCGUUCAAGACCUACUCGUACAGUAGUACGCUAUUUUGAUUUAAUAAUUCUUAUACCCAAUUUAAUAUUUCUUCUAUUUCUUAUUAUUAAAUGGUAUCAUACACGAACAAAAUUAAAUUUUAAUAAACCAUUAUUAUUUACUGUUAGUUGUUUAAUUUUUAUUGUUUCAUUUGUUAAUAUAAUACGAUGUUUAUAUUCAAUGAUUUUUGCCGAACAAACAUCAUAUACCAUAGGAAUUAUUUUAAAAAUUCUUUGGUUACUUGUUCGAUUUACACUUUUAUGUACAGAAUUAAGUCUUCUAGUUUUUGGAAUUUAUUUCGGUCGUUCAAAUCCAAAUCGACCUUGGAUAAAAACAAUAAAAAUAUUAAUUAUUUCAUCGAUUUGUUCUUUAAUUUAUACAAUAACACAAGGUGUACUUGAAUUUCGUGGUGAUACACGUCCAAGUAGUUUUCAACUAACAAAUUAUAAUCUUUAUUCAUAUGGUGGAAUGAAAUUUCUUCUUAUAUCAAGUUCAAUUUUUCUUCUUAUGUACAUUAUUAUUUUUUUUCUACCUAUUCUAUGUCGUCAACAUCGUAAAUUUUUACCAAUUCGUCGAUCAUUUUAUAUUUAUUGUUUUAUAAUGGCAAUUAUAAAUGGUAUUCAAAUAAUUGGAACAAUAUUAAAUUUAACUGAAACUACGAAAUUUGCCAUGUGUAUUGUUGAUGGUACAACAUGUAUAUUUUAUAUUUGUUUUGCACCAUUUGUUUAUCAUCAAUUUUUACGACGAGCUUUAAGUUCACAAACUCUCAUUCCACAAGUAAUGUAUGCAGAUUCAACUAUCAUUGAUGAUGAUGAUGAUGAUGAUGAUCAUCUAAUUGAUUCUGAAAUGAAUUUAAAUCGUCCUUUACUUAAUUAUUCACUAGAUCAUGAUGAAAAUAUUUUAAAUACAGGAUUAAUACGAUCGGUGAUAUCCUAA